CGUAUAUUGCGUAAUUAUGAAUCCAUUUACAUCCGGUGCCCUGUUUGCACUUUUCCUUCUGUUACUACUUUACGUCUGCCUACGACCAUUGGAACAUUUUGACAGCAACCUUAGGCUUCCCGUAGCAAUCUUCUGUCUGUUACAAACGAUAUCAUUGGUCGCAAGAGACAACGACAUGGUUCUCUGGGGUGCUACCUUCCUUCAGCUGAUAGUUACGGGCAUUAUUGCCAGAGGCUUCUUUGCACAUCGGCAACGACACCGAGGGAAUGAUGAUUUAGUCGCAGCAACAAAGAAUGAGACACCAUCGACAUUAUGGAUCAAGGCCCAUAUGCACUAUCUCAAACGACCUCAAUUCCUUUUGAUCAUUGGUUUCCAUAUUCUCGAUGCCGUUUUACUCUGGAACCCUCGAUCACCGUACACCAAAAAUGAUUACGAAAUAUUCGGCACCAUUUACAAUUUAAUCCACUUGAUCAUGUUCAUAACGCUUGCUUGGCGAAAGCGGAAACCGGGAACGCCAUCACGUGCCUUUUACGUCUACAACUUCAUCGUCGGUUUACAACCUACACGAGCCAUUGUACGAACAGUCACUGCGUGUCCCUUUAGACCCGAUACCAUAUAUUGGCGGAUCCUCCUAUAUUUUCUUUCCUCGGCGCUUGCAACCGUCGAUACAUUGCCGGCUUUGAACUUGUGUUUCCAGGGCGUCUCCUCCGAAGCCGAGCUAUCAUCAUCGCUACUUAGAGUAAUAGCGGAGGAGCAACAAGACAUUGGGGGCCAUGAUAAAAUAUAGUGAUAACAACAGUGGGAACGUGGAGAAAGGCAUCUUCGACAUUUCAGUGACGAACUUGCCGAGAAAUUUGGAAAUACGAAGCCUACAGGAUGGCCUGCACUAUGAAUUCCGCCCAAACUUACAUGUUGCUACAUUUCAUUAUAUUGAAUCACUAUUUUGCCUAUAUCAUAAACUAGCAAAUACUCACUGGGAAUUGG